CAAGUUGCAUCGUUGUGUGCUUUACGAGCUUUUCCUCCAAAAAGUACGUCAGAAUAUUUUUCAACGACAACUUUUUUUGCAAAUACUUUUACAACUAGUUUUACAACUAUUUUACAACUAGUUUUACACCUAUUUUUACAACUAUUUUUGCAAAUAUUUUUACAACUAUUUUUGCAAAUAUUGUUCAUUUAAAUUAAGCUAAUUGAUCAAAUAUUUAAUUCGAAAAAUGUGUGAUACGAAGAGUACGAGAUUCUUCAGGCCCUGGAAUGGAGAUGUUCCAAGUGAGGAAAAAGUGUCUUCGCCAGUUGAAGAGUCGGAAGUGAAGUGUGAACCAGAAGAGGAUUCUGAGAGUGUCAUCUCGAACGACAGUGUUUGCAAUCAGUCUGAACAUGAUGAAUCGAGGAUUAGUUCUUCAUCGAGGUCAUGUUCGGUGAACAGUGAGGAUCUAUCGGAAACAAGUAGUCUGAAUAUGCUCAGUAAUUUCGUUUUUAACGCACAUCCCGAACAUCAUUCUGAAACAACAGCAAGUGGCCUCUCAAUGGAAUCGUGCAAGGACAACAUUUCUCAAGCAUAUGCAAACAAUUACUACAAUUCUUGUCCAAUGUACUCGCACUCGAGUUACUUGUCACAUUUCAAAUCCGGAAUAAUUCCAAUCGAAGGAUGUCCAAAUCCGUUUGAUGUCUACCAUCCCAGUCUGCACUACGGAUUAUCGGCCUUCUCCCCCGAGACUUAUGCCAGUGUCGAGGAAGCUGUCAAGUACAUUCACGAGCAGGAUGUUGCCGCCAAGCAAAUGAAGAAACUCAGACCGAAGAAGUUCAGAUGUGAACAUUGCAAUGUGGCCUUCAGCAAUAAUGGGCAACUUAAGGGACAUGUUCGCAUCCAUACCGGUGAAAGACCGUUCAAGUGUGACACGGAAGGUUGCGGAAAAUCCUUCACUCGAAAUGAAGAGCUAACGAGGCACAAGCGAAUUCACACCGGACUGCGACCACACUCCUGUCUUGUUUGCGGAAAACGAUUUGGACGAAAGGAUCACUUGAAGAAGCACACGAGGACACACGACAACAGAGGUCCAUAUCACGUACCUGUGGUUCCAUUUGGACCAUUCGCGAUAGGUCACUCUAUUCCAGCCGCGUUUCACUAUCCACUCUAAUACAAAUUUUUGCAAAUUUGCAAAAAAAAGCUUUCUAAAUAAAAAAAAUAUAUAAUUGCGAUUCAAAAGAAGAAUAUAUUUGUAUAUAAUGAAUUUAUGCAACAGUUUUGAUGUAAAAUGCCUUUAAAUAUAUAAAAUUUCUUGAGGUUAUGAUAUUAACUCUCGAGAUGGAAAGAAAAAAGUUUUUUCGGGAAAAAAUAGUAUAAAUACAAAAGUGGAAAAAAAAUAUUUUUGAUAUAUUGUAUUUGAGAAAUGUGAAUUUAAAUCGAAAGCAAAAUGUUAUUCGCAGUGUAGGUUUAUAUUUGAUAAUUUUGUAUUAUCGAAACUUGUACAUAUUGUAUAUUUACGAAUU